UGGUGGUGGUGGUGGUUGGUGCGGACGAUGCGACGACGACCGGGCGUCGACCGGUAGUCGAAUUCACUGCCUUGCUCGAGCAACUCACGUACAGUUGCUCGACUUAUUUCGUCCUUAUACACGAUUGAACUUUGAAUAAAUAAUUUUUUUAUUUACCCUUAUUAUCCUAAUUGCGAAAUAAGUGCAAGUAAUUUGUUUUAUUUAAAAUAAAUAAAAAUUUGAUGACUAGUUCGAGUCAUGUUAACAUGAAGAAAAACUUCAAAGGGAUGUUUUCAAGCAUAUUUUCCAGGCUUCCAAGUUAAAAGAAAAAAAGGAACAUAAAAUCUAUUGAAAAAGAUUAAAGCUCUUGUGUUGUCUAAUAUUCUCAUUUUCCCGCCUCAAUCGUCUGAUCGUAAACCCGAAACGAUUAUCGCUAACGUGCAAGUACAGAGACUGGGAACGAUAAAAAGAGAGGGAGAGACAGUACAGCACAUAAAAUAAAUAAUAUAUACAACUAUAUUUGUUUAUAUAUUUGCAAAAGUAUAAAAGAUGAAAGAAGAUGGAACAAAAGUUAAGCGAAGGAGUCAACAUUUGAAGAUUGUCCUGAGGUAGUUGAGAAAAGUCGGAGAUCUGAAGACGGAUUAUAAAAGCUUUUCUACACCUGUAUCACCUGUCAAGUGACUGAGGCUGCCGCAAACGUCUCGCAUUUCGAGAUAACACCAUACGGUUGCGCGUGACUUGCAUCCAAGGAUGCUACGAAGAAAAGACAGUAGUUGGUCGUGAUGUCUUGCUACAAUUGCUGUGGUUGUUGCUACGAGGAAGAAGACGAUCACAGAAUUGAGCAAUCAGGACUUUCGAGUAGUUACAGCCGCGCAAGCAGUACUUACAAUAAUACUGAUAACAGUUCAAACAGUGAUAACAGUCUAAGAAUUGCAUCGGGUAUCUCAGCCUUCUUAUCUCUUAUCAUCGUAUCCGUCGCUAUUGGUACGGGCGAGUGGCUUUUCACUGAGGAAAAGCUGCCGAAAGCUUUCGCGUCGAACGCCUCUGCCGAACCGGACAGUAAAGUUACUUACAGUGGCCUCUGGAGAGUCUGCGUUGCUACAACUUCGCAUAUACAGUACGAGUGUUCAAGUAUCGACUACUUUCCCAACGAAGAGUAUAGUCCUGAUCCCAGUGAUUCAACGAUGGCGAUACCUUAUGCUGUCACAAAGUCCGCAAUGUUCUUCUUCAUAGCAACAUUGCUACUCGUAGUUGCAGAAGUUUGCUACUUUGCUGCCCACGUAUCUCGUCCCAGGCACCAGCUGUGUGUUUUCGUAGCCGGUGUGGUCUUCACCAUUUGCGGUUUGUUGAUGCUCGUAGGAAUGAUCAUGUACAUAUCUGUAUUCAAAGCGGAAGUUGGAAGUAAAUUAAGACCUAGAUCUUCUUUUCAGGGUCCACCGUUCACUUACAGAUAUGGAUUUUCUUUUCUGUUAUACGUCAGUGGAUUUAUCACGACCGAGGUUGCCGGUACUUCCGCAAUAUUUCUCUACAUAUCUUGGCAUCAACGAGACUUUGGUAAACGAGAAUUAAGCCGAAAAAAUUGCGAGGAUGUUUAUCAUCUGAGUAAUCACGUCCAUCAGCAAAAUUUUCACCCCAGUCACUCUCAUAAUACUCACAGCAGUUUCUUGUGUGAGAGACAUCAAAAGCGAUACUUCUUCAGCAGGGAUUCUGUGGAUCAAGUGGAUUUCGAUGAAUUUCUUCCACCCCCUCCUAGUCUUGAUUAUCACGAGUACCCAAGACAAUUUCCACGAGACCUCACUACGCAAACGAUUAGUACGACGGCUGAUGUACUAAAUGAUGAGUAUGGGUCAAAUCUUCAACAUGAGUUUGUAACGUUUGACUUUGAAACACCUUUUCCACCAGCACCGCCGGUCAAAGGUAGUAGUGAAUGGCCAUUAGAAGCAUUUAGACGUACGACUCCUGUUUGAUACAGCGUUAGGUACGCGAAGCUUGUGGAAAAUCCUGCAAGUGACUCAAGCGACGAAAGUUCAGACAGUGAAGGAGAAAAAAAAGUUAAAAUAAAAAAAGUUAAAGUUAAAGUACUGCUCACCCACCAAGAAGAUGAGACACAAUUAAUUGUUUCCCCUUGAGUCUCAUUGUGACUUAAUAAUAAUUUCUAUUACUGCCACUAAACAAUACACAAAAAAAAUCAAAGACAAUUAUAAAAAAAAAAAAAAAGUUAUUGUAUAAUUAAUGGUAUUGCAAUCCCUGCCAUAUUGAUUAUAUUACUAAUAUAUAAGUGAUACUUUAUCGUGAAUAAUUAUUAAAAUUUGUACAUAAAUAAUUGUUAUCAACAUAUAUGUAAUGACGUCGUUAAUUUAUAUAAUACAAUUUAAGGCUGAUAUUUAAUUAAAUAAUAAUAAUGAUAAUAUUUAAAAAUAAAAUAAUUUAGAUAAUACAAUUAGUGAAAGUGUUAUAAUAUAAGUCA